GCGGCCGCCGUAGCGCGUCGCCCCGGUUGCCGUGGGAAACGACCCGGGACCUGGGAGGGGGCGAAGACGUUUCCCGCCGGCGGGAGCUGCGGCUGUGACUGAGCCUAGGGGGCACCCAGCGUCUGCGGGCUCCGUUGCCACAGCACCAUGGCGGACCAGCUUUAUCUGGAAAACAUAGACGAGUUCGUCACGGACCAGAACAAAAUCGUGACGUACAAGUGGCUGAGCUAUACACUGGGGGUUCAUGUUAACCAGGCCAAACAGAUGCUGUAUGAUUAUGUUGAAAGAAAACGAAAAGAAAAUUCAGGAGCCCAACUGCAUGUCACCUACUUGGUAUCUGGCAGUCUCAUCCAGAAUGGACAGUCUUGCCACAAGGUUGCAGUAGUGAGAGAAGACAAAUUGGAAGCAGUGAAGUCCAAGCUAGCCGUGACUGCCAGCAUCCAUGUGUACAGCAUCCAGAAAGCCAUGCUAAAGGACAGUGGGCCUCUGUUCAAUACUGACUAUGACAUCCUUAAAAGCAACUUGCAGAACUGCAGCAAGUUUAGUGCCAUACAAUGUGCAGCUGCUGUCCCCAGACCUCCUGCAGAAUCCUCAUCUUCCAAAAAGUUAGAACAAUCAAAUCUUCAGGUAUCAAGUGAACCACAAGUGAAUAAUGAACCAACUGCCAAUGGUCAGGGCCCACCUGCCUCCAAACCGGUUACCCAGCAACCCAAAGGAAUUAUGGGAAUGUUUGCUGCUAAAGCUGCUAUUAAAGCCCAAGAUGCCAACAAGGAAACCAAAACAGAGGCUAAAGACAUAACAAAUGCAUCUUCCACAGGCAACAAGGCACCCGGGAAAGGCAAUGUGCUGAGUAACUUUUUUGGAAAAGCUGCAAUGAAUAAAGUGAAUUUGGAUUCAGAACAAACAGUGAAAGAAGAAAAAACAGCAGAGCAAUCUCCUGUGUGUGUCCCUGAACCGAAGCUGGCAGCUCCUGUAGGCCUGAAGAAUCCCAGCAGAAAAGCAGAGCUUGUUAAGAUGCAGCAGAAGGAAAAAAAAAGUAGGGGGAAGCGAGUAGAGUUAUCUGACGAUGAGACGAAGGAAACUGAGAAUAUGAAGAAGAAGAGGAGAAGAAUCAAGCUUCCUGAUUCUGAUAGCAGUGAAGAUGAAGUCUGCCUAGACUCUCCUGGGGCAUAUGAAGCUGAACCGUCACCCCCACCUCCACCUGUGUCUCCACCUCCUGAGCCAGUGCCAAAGACUGAACCUGAGCCUCCUUCCAUCAAGAACUCAAGAGGAGAAAACAGAAGAAAACGAAGGCGUGUUCUGAAAUCGAAGACCUUUGUGGAUGUAGAAGGCUGCAUGGUGACCGAGAAGAUCUACGAGAGUGAGUCCUGCACAGAUAGUGAAGAGGAGCUGAAGGUGAAGACAGCCUCUCUACACAGACCCCCUGCCGUGGCUUUGAAAAAGGAACCCAAAGAGGAACGAAAGGGCCCCAAGAAAGGGACUGCUUCUCUGGGCAAAGCCAACAGACAAGUGUCCAUCACUGGCUUCUUCCAGAGGAAAUAAACUGCCAUUUCUGGGAGGCCAGAGAUUUGGAGUGGUCAAGGGAAGAGACCAAGAAGUACUGACUUUCACUUACUGUGUAAGUUCAGCCAGCUCCUCGCCUCACUUAUAUCAAGACUAUAUUUCCAUCCUGUGAGGUGUAUACUAUUUCUGGUUUUUAACCAAAAGGAAAUCACCUACAAGCAGGAUGCAGAAGAUUUAAAAAGCUGUUACUUUCAAUGACAUGAGCACAACUUUGAUCUGCAAGAUGAAAAAUUCACUUCACAACUGAAUUGGAGCAGGUUUCAGAAUCACCACUGAAGCGCGUUGGUGAUGAGUCUGCUGUCCCUCUCAUCCUGUGCCCUGACCUGGCCAUGGCUCGGAAUGUGUGCUUCCUUAUUCCUUGUGUUCUGUGAACUUGAGUGCUUUUAUCCUCAGUUCUGCUGGAUGUGUCUACCAUUCCCUGCUCCCCUUCCCAUGACAACACUUCUGGCUCUUAUCCCCAUGAAGCUGUUUAUCUUUUUGUUCUUGAACUAAAGACAAACA